GUGUGUGACACUGCUGAGACUGAGUUCUUCUGGUUUCCUUCAGUUCCUCUUUCAUGUGCCCUGCUGGCUGUCCUCCCUGUCCCUUUGGAAAAUCACAUAGGAUUGUAUCCAGUUACGUGACAACAUUGUGUUGAAUCUGGAUGUUCAAGGUUUAAAGAUAUAAAACGAGAAAGCCCAGAGGGUCUCAGAGAUGACGACUGGCUGUGUGAGGUCGACCCCGGAGCCUGAACAUCGACUGAUGACACAGGAGAGCAAACACUACAAGGAGGCGCUGGAGAGCCUGGUGGACAGGAAGUCAGAGAUGAAGGACGAUGAAGAGGAGGAGAAGGCUGUCUGCGCAGAGAAUCAGGAGGCAGAGCAGAGGAAGAAACCUCGCAGAAAAGACACACCCGUCCUUAACUCUCCUCCACAUAUACCAGGAGUGAGACUGCUGAGAGCGGAGAAGCAGAUGGUCCACUUAGAGGACGAGGAGAAAGAUGUGAAGGAUUAAAGCCUUUAUUUCACUUUUACUUUGUCGUUAAUUAAUGUUCACAGUCUUAUUAAAUGUUGCUUUGAC